UCGGGGGAGGGACAGGCGGGAGGGAGGCGGUGCCGCCUCCGCCAGGGCUGCCCUGCUCCGUGUAAACUUGGGAGCGAGCUGGCAGUAGUGCGCCGCCGAGGAGGCUGCGGCAGCAACUGGAGUUUGCCGCUGAGCCCCGGCCUGGCGGGUCCCCAUGCGGCGGCGGGGGGGAAGCCUCCGGGCCCCUGCAGGAAAGGCGAAGGACGGCGCCCAUGACUUGGACUAGCAGCAUGAGCAGCGGCUACAGCAGCUGGGAAGAGUCGGAGUCCGAAGAGUUUUUCUUCACCGCCCGCACCUCCUUCUUCAGAAGUCCCCCCGGCAAAACCAAACACAGUCUGCAAGAUGUUCAGAAAGAGCAAGAAACUCACACUUACCUCACCAAAGAAGCAAUCAAGGAAAAAGUCCAAAUGUACAAUUCAGAUGUUACCGACAAGCUAAAGAUGACGUUGAACUCCAGCGGAGUAUAUACCGGCUUCAUUAAAGUUCAGAUGGAACUGUGUAGGCCUAUCACGGUACGGACUUCUGUGAAUCCAGGGAAGCAUGUCAAUAACAACGAUGAGACAACUUUUUACUUGCCUAAUGGCUACAUGAAUACUCUUCACAUCAGCAGCACUAACACUGUUCGUGAAGUUAUUGAAGCCUUGCUCAAAAAAUUUCUGGUGGCUGAUAAUCCUGCCAAGUUUGCACUUUAUAAACGGUGUCACAAGGAAGAUCAAGUGUAUAUGUGCAAGCUCUCAGAAACUGAACAUCCCCUUUAUUUGCGGUUGGUGGCAGGCCCAAGAACAGACAUGCUUAGUUUUGUUCUGCGUGAGCAUGAAACUGGAGAGGUUUUGUGGGAAGCCUUUAGCUUUCCUGAACUACAGAACUUCUUGCGUAUACUGGACAAGGAAGAAGAUGAACAAUUACAAAUCUUACAAAGGCGCUACACAGCAUACAGAGAAAAACUUGAAGAAGCCCUUGGAGUUUGGAAACCAGGUUAAAAAAGGGCCCAAAGAAUACUCAGGAAAAAUGCAAAUUACCAAAUAUUGCAUAGCAUGCCAAACCCAGUACCCAAAGCAAGAGCAAAAGUACCUGUCUCUUUAAUCCAUAUGGCCAUUUUGUUGUUGUAGAGGUGGUUUCAAAAACUGACAUACUUUACUUCUUGCAUAUAGAAGCAAAGAGAAUCUGCAAUAUUUGCAGACCUCCGUUGUGUGUGCUUCAUGAGUCUUUACCAGAUUGCAUCAUGCAUGAUGUCUAUUUUCAGACACUGAAGCACAAUACAUUCUUUGCUUUAAUUUUUAAUUUGUAGUUUUUAAAACUUAAGGAUGUGCAAAUUUAAUUUAAUUUUAAAUCACAGCCAGUUUUGAAUAAGAAUUAGCACACUAUUAGAUAACAAAAUGGAUUUGCACUACCUUUAUUCAAAUAUUUGCAAAACAUAUAUUUUUAUUUCUAGAAGAGAUAAACAAUCUGUUCCAAAGGUUGUACAGGAGAUGUUAAAAUAGUCUGAACUGGGGAAGGUAGAGAGGAAGUAGGAAAGAAGGCAAGAGGUGAAGAGACAGGAGGAUGUUGAAACAGAAGAGAAAAGUUAAAACAGAAAAGUAUUGUAAAGACGGUUGACUGUUUAUGCUGAUUAGUGUUAACUGAAAUUAAUAUAUUAAAUGCUAUUAUUGAGAGAAAAUUUACUAAAUAUAGUAGAAACUGAACUGCAUAAAGGCUGUGUGUGUGACCGGCAACACGCUUCAGUUACAAUCUUGUAUGUGCUUUUACAAUACGCUCAAACUCUUGGUUGAGGUUUUCAUGAGUACAAGUAUCAGCAUUUAAAGGAUGAAUCCAGAACUCUUACAGUGUCUAAAGAUGCAGUUGAAUUGAGCUCAGCACAAACUUUUUACUUUUACUUAAAAAAGAGGUAAAGACAGGAGAAUUACACUGUAUUAUUUUAAACCUCAAAUAAAAACAAACAUUCUUCUUUCUAUAUUAAAAAAGGUUAGGAGAGUUGUAGUAUUACCUUGUGCUAUGAGCAACUUGAGUUAUCUGUGGUUUUGGUUUCUGUGUUUAAGCUAUACAACUUUUAAAAGCUGACUAGGAUUCUCUGUGCUGCUGAACUAUGAUAAAUAAUUGGAAGAGGAAGGAUUUUGUAGUUUUUCCAGAAAUAUUUUAUCUUAAAGUAUGUAUGGUAAAUGAAACCAAAGAAAUGGGUGUGCAAUACAACCGUUUAUAUAAAUGUGUAACAAGACUUUUAAAGUUUAUAUUUGCAGCCACCCAGGGGAACAAUUAUUGACUUGAAAUAACUUUAAUUUAUAUAAUUUAAUCAUGAGCAGCAAUAAUGUUUCCCCUCAUUAUUUGGGCAUUAAUUUUGAAAUUUUUGAGGAAUAUCUGCUGCUGUGGUGACACCUGGUGGGUAUUAUAUGCAGCUAAGAUGUAUGUUCUCUUGGAUAAGUGUGCCUGCCUUUUUAACUUCGGCUGCUUAUUCCCUCAAAAUACUGAGAUUUGAGGAAGAGAUUCUAAUUUGAGAUUUGCCAAGACAAUCUUGAUAGAUGGAAAUGUUAACAAUAAAUUAAAAGUAGAAUUAGGUAUCAGUCAAAGGCAUAUCUUGUUUGGAUUUUUAUUUCAUGAGUAAUAUUGUAGUGCUUUGUGUGUCUUUUUUAUUUUAUUGGAGACAUAAUCAAAGUCACAUAGGUUAGUGGUGCAGGGUAUUCUUCAAGGUCAGUUAGUUAUUUUUCUACAAAUACUAUGUCAUAUCAUUGGAUUGGUUUAGGUGUUAAUAUUCCUAUGUGCCAGGCACCCAAAAGCCUUUACUUUUUGUUGAUGGAAAUGGUAACAUUUAAAUGCUGCUUACAGCCAGUGUUGCCCAGUCAUGUGCAAAGUAUACACCCUAGUGGCUGCCAGGGAUAUACUGUUAACUGUCAGAGAACAAGUGUUGCACGCAGUUGAGCAAAUCUCAAUGCAAGAUGCAUCAAAAUUGGCUUCUGCAUAAAGUAUCACUAUGGAAAGGGCUUUUUCGCUGGAGCUGAGCUGAAGGUUAAUGUUCAUAUUCAUUCUGUCUCUCACCCAGUCACAAACACAAAUGGCUACCUAGCUUGGACUGGGAAGAGGGGUGCAUUUCAGCUUAGCACUUUUUCCACAGCCUUGAUCUGGGGAGCAGUUAAAUUCUGUACUGGCCCUCUGAUUCACUUAAUUGUAUUGAUACUCAUAAAAAUUUAAUGUUUGUAAUAUUAAACAAGUUACUCAGCUGUUUUUGAAUCUAGAAAUGGCAAUUUUCAAGUAUGUGAAUCUUUUUUAAAAUUUUACUUGAUCUUUAUGUUUCCUUGCUCCCCCAUCUUCUUCUGGUGUGUUUUAUGCACUGCAGGUCUGAGCAGGAAAAACAGAAUUUGUAUCCAGACAUUCUUAAAAACAGAAAACACACUGGUUAACACAGCUGUUUCUUAAAAAAAAAAAAAAUAAGAAAAGGUCAGUGCUAACUCAGAUGUGGUUGUGUUCUUUUUGUAAGCUUUAAUUUUAAUUUUGUUUCAGUGUCAGGUUCUUAAUCUGUCAAAGAUAUGUUGCAACCCUUUUAUGUUUCAGCUGUUUAUUAAUACCUGACUGGAGAAUAAAUUGAGGUGAGAGCAAUGUAGGAAACACUGAAAAAAAGUUUUUCUUUUCUAGAAAACUGUACUAUUUAUUAUUUUGAAAAUCUUUUUAUGGGGAAGCCUUGAUUUCCUCUGAAGUUGUUACUAAUAUAGCAGGCUGUAAUUCCAUCAUUAAAGCUGAAGUGGACAGUGA